AGUGAUGCUACUUUAUUAAUAUACUUUGAUAGAAUCUAUCUCAAUCACAAUAUCGCCAACCACAAGACAAUAUUUUGCUCUCAAUACAAAAUGUAUGAAAACUCAUUGUCGAUAGCGGUUGUAGUUCCAAUUGUAAUUAAGCUGUAAUGUUCGUGACAUACAUGACGUGAAAAUGUAAAAAAGUGACUGCUUUUGAUGUAAAUACGACAAAAAUUAAUAAAAAUAAAACUAUCAACCAGAAAUAAUACAAAAUUCUUCUUGUUAACAAGAAAAGCAGAUACCAAAUAAAAUUAAAUGAUGAGGCGUGUUAAGAAAACAACAAAUGAACAAUUUGAUUUGUUAAAAGCUGAAAUGGCUUUGCAUCCAGCGGCAGCCCGUGGUUAUGGUGUGGGUGCCCAACGAGCGGUGGUAGAUGCGGAAUGGAAAGAUAUUGUGGAUAAAUUAAAUGCUCUUGGUCCACCGGAACGUACUAUGACGGAGUGGAAAAAGGUCUGGUCCGAUGUCCGUUUGCGCAUUAAAAAACAAAGUCUGAAAAAAGCCAAAAAGAAUAAAACACAUAAAAAAGAAAAACCCCAUCCAGAAGAAGAUCAGCUAAUGGAAGCUUUAAAUAGUUCAAUCUCAAUAUAUGGUACAAAUAUUAAAACCGAACUUAAUGAACACAAUCAGGAAGUCGCCGCCACACAAGACAAUCAUGAAUCCUACGAACAGUUUGAAGCGGCUCAAGAACAUAAAGUAAUAGAUAACAAUAUGUUUUAUAAGAUUUUAGAUGCCACAACACCAUAUCAAAAUGAUAUGGAACAAACCAUUAGUACGGUACAACAUCAAUUGGAGACACAGGAGAAAUUAAUGACACAACUGUUGAAAGUUACCACAAAUAUGUCGGCAUUAAUGGCCAGACAUUUAAAGGCGGUGGAAAAGAAAAAUUCCCUAAUGGAAAGACAAUUGAAAUUAAGUGAAAAUCAUAAUGCGUUUUUAAGACGACAAGCGACGAGAAGAAAAUUUAAAGUCUGGUCCGAUUUACGUCUGCGCAGCAUUAAACGUCUAAGCGAUGAAUUCACUCCUAAACCCAAAAAUGCUGAAUCCAUUUACGCUUCUUAUGGCGAUAACAAUGAACACAAUUCCUAUCUAUCACCCACCAACUAUCACGAUGAAUCUCAAAAUGAAGCUGAUGAAUCUUAUGACAAUCCCCUCGAAGCCGCUGAAGAAGAUGAACUACAUAAUACAGAAAAACAUUUUUUCAAUUCAUCACAUGAAGUCAACAAUUCCUACGACAAUAACUCUCUGGAAGAGAAACCGAAUGAGGUGUAUCAUCAAACUAAUUCCAAUAGUUAUCACUCUGAACGUUUAUCGCCACAUGACGCUGUCCAGGUGCAGUUGAGUCAGGAGAAAAUGAACUAUUUGGGUCAGACCCUCAACAGCCUGGAGCAACAAAUGAAAAAUCAAAAUAAAAUUAUGGAACAUUUAACGAAAAUUACCUCAAAUUUGGCAGAGUUAAUGGAACGACAUGUUACGGGUUUGGAAAAACAAAAUACCAUAAUGGAACGUCAACUGAAAGCAACGAAAUGUCAUAAUUCGUUUUUAAGACGGCAAGAGGCUUCACGUAGAAAAAUUCGUAUUAUGAUGAGCAACCGUCAAAGAAAUAAGGAGAGUUGCAAACGUUGGCGAGAAAAGUUAAAGGAAGACGAAACAAAAUUCCACAGUAAUAGAUUAAAGAACAAUGAAAGAAUGAGAAUUCAUAGGCAAUUGUUGAAAGAUAUGGCUAAAGGAAACGACGAUCUAAUUGAAGAGAAAAGGCGUUAUGAUCGUCUACGUAAGAGACGUUAUAGAGAGAAGCUUGCCAAAAUGCGAAUUGCAAAACAAGCAAUGGAUGAUAGCUCAGGACCACCAAACUACAAAAGGACCACAGACAAGCAGUACAGCUUAUUGAAACACAAAAUGGCAAUACUUACGAAUCAAAUGAAAAAUGCCAAUAAUGUUGGUUCUUAUAAGAAGCAUAAUAUCUAUUGGGAAGAAUUAACGCAAAGUUUAAAUAAGCUAGGACCACCCUAUCGCACAUUACAACAAUGGAAAAAGGUUUGGUCUGAUUUUAGACGAGCGGAGAAUAGAAGAAAAUUUAAAUCGAAAUCUGUUAGUAAUACACAAUAUGAUAAGCCAGAUAACAGCUAUAAUAAUAGUGAAGAGGAAGCGGAGGAGUCUACAGAAUACCGAUACGAAAGUGUCCCCUCCAGCGAAUUAAAGCAAACUAUAAAACAGAAAAUGAGGACUAUAAUGGUCGGCAUAACAACCAACCAAUGCAAGCCACUUUUGCUAAUGAAUAUGACAAUGAGUAUUCCUAUCCGGAUGCAGAACCUUGAAGAAUCUUAUGCAGAUGAUACACAAUUAUUUAUACCCGAAGAAACCUCUUGCAAUUCUAUUAGUUAUGGUCAGUCUAAUGUAAAACAACCAACAGCGCAACAACAAAUACCUUUUCAACAGCCGAGGAAUAUACAAUUCCCUAAUCCACCUCCUCUGCAACCCUCCAAUGCCCGUAUCUUAGAUCAAACUUUUUUUACGCUACAGAACCAAAUGGAACAUCAGACCAAACUAUUAGAACAUCUAUCACAAAUGUCCAGCACCAUGGCUAAUCUAAUGGAACGUCAAGUUUUGGCUAUAGAGAAACAAACCGAAGCCAUAAAACGUCAAGCUUCUGCUACGGAAUAUCAUACACGAACCAUGAAUAAUUUUAUUGAUAUGAUUAGAGAUAAAAUGCUAAAGGGAAGUUCGUCACAGAAAGCGGCUAGUUCCACAGCGAAUUUAGCAAACAAUAUUUUGUAGAUUUUGAUAUUAGUUAUUAUUUUUUUACUAUUAAUUUAUUAUAAUUUGUUUAGUUAUUAAUUUAUUUAUGAAUCUGUAAUCUGUAAUAUUAUACAGAGCAUUUAACUUUAUAUACUUUUAUUAAUAAAUGUGUUAUUUAA